AUGAGGCAGAGAAGAUGGCUCGAGGUUCUGAAGGGUUAUGAUUUUGGCUUGAGUUACCAUCCUGGUAAAUCUAAUGUCGUAGCUGAUGCAUUGAGUAGAAAGUCAUUGCAUAUGUCAAUGUUGAUGAUCUUACAGAGGAUAGGAGAGGUGGCCUGUCAGAUUGCCUUGCCACCACUACUUGCUAAUAUUCAUGAUAUGUUUCGUGUGUCUCAGUUGAGGAGAUACCUUUUGAAUUCGUCUCAUGUGAUCCAAGUGGAAGAUAUACAGGUGAGAGUGAACUUGACUGUUAAGGCAUCACCCAUGCAGAUAGAGUAUCGAGAAGUGAAGCACUUGUGUGAGAAAAUGUCGUUCAACCCUCUAGAUGAAAGGAAGGAACACCUAUCAAGGAAGAAGGCUGAGCAUCAAGGGCAACGCGCAGAUGAUAUAAAGAGUCAUCCAUGCGGCCUCGUAGUGAAAGGAAGCAAGAGGCAUGUCAUAGGAAAUGCCCCCAAUUAG